AUGGCGCCCACAACUGCCCAACCCCGCCCCAUAGUCGUCUCCGGCCCCAGCGGCGCCGGCAAAUCCACCCUCCUCAAACGCCUCUUCGCUCAAUACCCCACCCACUUCGGCUUCUCCGUCUCCCACACCACCCGCUCCCCUCGCCCAGGAGAAGAAGAUGGCAUCGCCUACAACUUCGUCACGAAAGAAACCUUCAACAAACUAGUCUCUGAGAACGGCUUCAUCGAGCACGCCCAAUUCGGCUCCAAUCUCUACGGCACGUCCAUCGCAGCGGUGAAGAAUGUAGCGGAGCAAGGUCGGGUUUGUAUUUUGGAUAUUGAGAUGGAAGGGGUGAAGCAGGUGAAGAAAACGGAUUUGAAUGCGCGGUUUGUGUUUUUGCAGCCGCCGAGUGUGGAGGUUUUGGAGCAGAGGUUGAGGGGAAGGGGGACGGAUAAGGAGGAGGCGAUUAGGGAGCGGUUGGAGCAGGCGGAGAAGGAGAUUGAGUUUUCGAAGACCGAGGGGGUGCAUGAUCGGAUUAUUGUUAAUGAUGAGUUGGAGCGGGCUUGGGGGGAGUUUCGGGCGUUUUGCGUGGAGGGGGUGGAGGGGAAGUAG